AUGGGCUGUCCAUGUUCUUCGACGUAUGUGCUUACAGUAGACCGUUCUCUUCGUCGAGUACAUUACGAGCCAAGGGACCAGAGGGUUAAAAGUAGAUUGUCCAGCGAUCUGAACAAUCAAAGUGGUGAUUGCAGCAAGGCGCGAGGACAAGCUGAAGAAAUCAAGGCGGUCGGGGGAGACGUUGCGCUCGCGGUGGGCGACGCCUCCAAAGUGCGCACGACAGACGCACACAGCACUUACGAAGAGUCCUCGGGCAUUCACGGUCUGAUCUGGGCCGUGGAGCAAGAUGCCCGACAACCCUAA